GUGGCAGGUUGCCUUGAGCUGGCAGGAAAUACGCAAUCAUCUGACACUCAUGGAGUUCGGGACUUUCGAUAGCAAGUGAAGUCCUUUCAUGGACAUGUCCGCUGAAGCCAAAGAGAUCGCUUCACCGGAUGAAGGAGUCGGCAUGCCUGCCCCUAGGCUUUGCGAGGUGUGCCGGGAGAAAGCUGUGUGCUACCGCUGCCCGGCCUGCGAGCUUCGGAGCUGCUCCGCUGCAUGCGUCAAGGUGCACAAGGUGCAGUCCGGCUGCACAGGAAAGCGGCCUCGCACGGAGCAAGUAGCCCCGUUGAAUGCCUUCACUGACAAUGUGCUCUUGCGAGAUUUCGGGCUCCUGGAAGAAGUGGAUGCAGCUGUAGACCGGGCGGAGCGAGACCUACGGAUUCGAGAAGAGGAGAUGCGGCUGUAUCAGCCUAGGCGUCACAAGCAGCGCAUUCAUCUGGCGCGUGCCUGUGCCAGCGCAGAGAGACAGACGAGGUUGAUUUUGGCGCCCUUUGCUAUGACCAUCGCGCGGGAGAACACAUCCAGGGUGGUCGAUGGCGGUAAAGGUCGCAGAAAAGGCAAAGGCAAAGGCAAAGGCAAGAAAGGUGAGCAAGAGAAGCCAGCAUACAUCGCUUGGCGAGUGGACUGGCAUUUUGGCCAUUGCGGCCAAGUCCUGACGGAUAAGAACCUGCCAGAGCACGAGGUGGUCGGCCGGGUCCUGGAGAGGUUCCUGAACAACUCGUGCGCUUGGGGGCCCACACGGCACCUGCUAGCACCGUACGUGGAGCAUGGCGCGGACAAAUUAGAGGUGUUCCUGCACCAGCCGCGUGUGAAAGAGCCUGAGCUUCCAGGCCAAGCCGAGUCGGAGGAAGAGCCGGAGGCUCCUGAAGCUUCUGAAGCUCCUGAAUUCACUGAAGCACCUGAAGCCGAGGCGGGUUCCACUGUGAGUCUCCCGAUGUGUCCACCACCUUGUGGCCAACGUGAGGUGGACACCUUGAGCAGCGCACCCUGGCGGCUUCAACCGCAGGCGGAGUCGGAGUCAGAGUCGGAGUCAGAGAGCGAGCAAAGCCCUGGCGCCCAAGGGCAACAACAACAGCCGUUUGUGAGGCUUGACAAGUUGCGCACCUUGCGGGAGAAUUUGAUGGAUAGAGUAGUCAGGGAGUUCCCCGUCCUGCACGUGGCGCUUCCUCAGGAGCUCAGUCGGUUCGAAGCUGGCUAAGAGUGUGG